AUGCGCCAAUACUGCGCAGACACGCCAGUCGUUAAUUCCGCUGUUCGGACCUUAUUCUAUACUCCUAUUUUAUCUUUAUUAUUACGACGAUAUUAUAAUGGCAUAAUUAUAUUAUACACACUCAUAUUUUGUACAUAAUAAUAUAUGAUAUAAAAACAUGUAGUUAUAGUAUUGGUGCAAUGUAUUGGAAUACAUAAUAUAUUUUUUGAUUUAUCUUUCUUUAUUGAUAUUAGUUAACUUAAAUAAUAUUACAAUUAUUAAUGUUAACGGUAAAAUAAUUGAGAAAAAGAAUCAUAGUGUUAAUUUAAAUUUUUAUGUGUGUGCGUGUGUAAAUUUCUUUACAUUAAUUAUAUUCUUUUGUUUUCAUUAUUAUACUAAUGGUCUAUUUAUAAUUUUAAUACGAACUCAACGAAAAAGAUAUCAGUAAUACUUGUUCUCAGUAACAAUUAUCAUUAUACAGUAGUACUACCCGCCACACGAUCUACGAACCUGCGUCUGCCUACGACCGUGUGUUUUAAUGACUAUUGAUAAUAUUAUUAUGUCCAAAACCAAUAAAAUAAACCUUUUAUUUUUCACAUUUAAAAUUUAAAUUCAUUUGAAUGUUGGCACUUGACGAGUGACGACGAUCGACGGAAAGGUGGAGAGCAGUUUAAAAGAAAACUUAAAUUAUGACUGAAAACAAAAAUGUGAAGAAGGGUACAAACGAUGCCAACAAAAUCAUUCUCUAUGUGAUUUUUAUGAUAACUUUGUUACUGUUAUAUUGUAGUGAUAAAAAUUAUGAAAUUGAAAACUCAAUAGAUUACCAUUCUGCCGAGCACCAUUCAUAUUACAGCAAAGUCAUCACAUCUGAAAAUAAUACAAAAAUAUUAACAAAAUUUAAUGAUACCGUGAAAGAAGGGUAUGUUGUAUGGAAUGAUAAUUGUCGAAUACCUAACAUAAGUGCCUACGAUAAGACAAUUAAAAGUUUUAUUAAAAAAAUCAAUUCUCCAAAGUGCUUUUCAACAUUACCAUUAACCAGUGUAAUCCUUGAUGUAAACAAAUGGUCUUACACUUUCAAAAUUAACUAUGGACUUCACUCGCAAAUUUCAAAAUCAAUUGUUAAUUGUUGCUAUUCAUCAAUCGUUAGAAAUGAACUGAAAUUCAAAAAUAAUCCAAAAGAUGACGAUCGUUAUAAAGUUGAGCCAAAGUGUAAUCCCAUCAACGAUUCAGAAAUAAUUCCCAAGUCAGUCGAAUACAUGAUGAUAACAUGUGAAUUGAGACCAAAUGGUGAUAAAUUAAAAUCGAAAGUUUAUAAAGAUAUUCAUGCAAUGGUAAUCGAUAAAGGUCAGAGGCGAUUUCGAAACGCAGACAUCCCAGACAAGCCCAGCGUGCUAAUAAUAUCCAUUGACUCAUUGUCUCGCUUAAAUCUUAUAAGAUCAAUGCCUAUAACAUAUCGAUUGCUGGAAACGCAUGGAUUUGUGUCACUUGAGGGUUACACUAAAGUCGCUGACAAUACGUUUCCCAACGUAGUUCCAAUUUUAACUGGCAUGUUUGUAAAUCAAAUGACUAAACGGUGUUGGAAGAGUCCCAACGACGAGAUGGACGAAUGUCCAUUUCUGUGGAAAGAUUUCAAAGAACGAGGUUACGUUACGGCGUACGUGGAAGAUGAACCUAGCAUGGGCACUUACAACUUCGGCAAAUACGGAUUCCGGAACGCCCCAACCGACUACUACUCGCGGCCGUACAUGUUGGCGGCCGAGCGUUACUUGCCGGUAGUCAAGUUCGAUGGCAUGAACUUCUGCCUUGGCCCGCGGUCCGCGCCCGACCGAGUGUACAGUUACGUGGAGGACUUCGUCCGGUUACACAAACGCCACGGUUACUUUGCCGUGUUCUGGCUGAACACGUUCAGUCACAACGACGUGAACGCGCCGUCAGCCAUGGAUCAGCGGACGGCCGGCGCGUUGUCUAAGUUGCUGAACGGCCGGUUGCUGGACAACGCCGUCACCGUGGUGCUCAGUGACCACGGGCUCCGGUUCGGGGCGAUACGCCAGACGCGCGUCGGCUGGCUCGAGGACCGGAUGCCCGCGUUCUACGCGCGCCUGCCACCCGGAUAUGUGGCCACGCGACCCGACCACUUCGUGGCUCUGGCAGCCAACAAACACCGGUUGACGUCGCCUUUCGAUCUGCACCUAACGCUCAAGCAAUUGCUGUUUCAGCAGCACGCCGACGAUGGAAACAACAGCAGUCUUCAGGCUACCGUGGCCGACGGCUGUCCAACUUGCCGCAGCCUGUUCCACCUGGCCGAUGCCAACAGGUCGUGCGAACAAGCAGGCAUCGCGCCGCAUUGGUGCACGUGCGACGAGUACGAAGAAUUGGACCGACGUAGCAGGACAGCAAUGGACGGUGGGGAGUACGUUGUGCGGCAGUUGAAUGCGCUGCUAACCAAAUACCAAACAGCGGUGCAACAGGGGUACGCUUGCUCUUACUUGUCACUGAGAAAAACCGUGUCAGCACGGACCCGGGUGAACCGGGUAAACGGUCGCCGCGAGUACUUGUUGGUUGUGGAAACAUUACCGGGCCGGAGCAUGUUUGAGGUGACCGUCGGCCAGGAAGACAGUGGCAGUGGCGCGUUCGGCAUGCUCGGUGACAUAAGUCGUAUUAACAUGUACGGGUUCCAGAGCUUUUGCACGGACGACUGGAGGUUAAAAAAGCAUUGUUAUUGCGUGAAAAAAAAUCGGAAUCCUAUUGGCAGUUAGCGGCAGCAGUUGGAAAUGUACCUCAGUGACUUGACAAGUGCAUGAAAAUUAUGUUUGGGAGGCCAAAACUCCUCAUUCUAUGACAUAAUAUUCUAGAUUCCAACUUAUAUUCCUAUUUUUUAUAUAACUCAGAUAUUAUAAUUAUUUAUUACUAGCUGAUCCCGUGCACUUCAUUGUCCAUUAAAAAUACCAACGCUAUAAUAUGAAUAAUAUGUUUUUUUUAUAAUAUAACUGUUACAAUAACAA